AUGUGGCUACUGAAUUGGAAGGUAUUGGAAAAUUUUCCACUGCUUAUGUACAUUUUGGCAGCUAAAACGUUAAUCCUUUGCUUAGCAUUCGCUGGGGCAAAAAUGUACCAGAGGAAAAGGCUUGAAGAAAAAAUGAAAAAAGAACAGGAGGAGAAACAGAAAAGGGAAGCUGAGAAGAAGGGGAACUGAGGUGUCUUAAGAGAUUUUUAGACAUUUGGCAACUUGCUUGGAUUCCUUUUCUGGGAGAGUUGACGACUUCAUUAAAACACAAAGAUCUGCCAGAGGAAUGAAGUUUCAAGAGCAACAUUUACUUAAAUACAUGUUGUUUUUUUGUAUAUUUAAUAAGAACAUUAUGUUGCUAUUUGUAC